AUGAACGAAAAUCAGCCGAUCUCGUAUAUUUUGAACACAUUGACAUGUAUUAGAAUCGUCUGUAGAUUGUGUACGCAAAAUGAAUCGAUAUAGUUAUAUUUGUAAAAAACAUUUUCUUCUUGGACUGGUCAUUGGGAUUAUGACAGCUUUCUUAACAACAAUGAUUUUCUUACAUCCUCGUUAUCAACAUACAAAAUCUUCAGCGUCGAAAACACUUGAUUCGUUUUUUGAAUUAGGGACUAUGGCAAACAUAUCAGGUAGAUUGUCUGAUUUUGUAAAGUAUGAUAAAUCAAACAGGACAUCCAGUCAAACCGCAAGCAACAUCGACGACAGACAUAUGCAUCAAGAUAAUGACAUAACAGCAAAAGAUCUAGGAAGAAGAAUUCGGGUAUUAUGUUGGGUAAUGACAAGUCCUCGGAACCUACACAAAAAAGCCCUUCAUGUAAAAAAUACAUGGGGAAAAAGAUGUAAUAUAUUACUUUUUAUGAGCUCAGUGUCAAAUUUAACUUUCCCAGCCAUUGGUCUGAAUGUUUCAGAAGGUAGAGAACAUCUCGCUGAGAAGACAAUUCUUGCAUUUAAAUACGUAUAUGAACAUUACAGGGAUAAAGCAGAUUGGUUUAUGAAAGCGGAUGAUGACACUUACGUUAUUCUGGAAAAUUUAAGAUAUUUUCUAAAAGACUAUAACACAAGUGAUCCUGUUUAUUUCGGUAAACAUUUUACCAAUUACAAUAAACAGGAAUAUAUGAGUGGUGGGGCGGGAUAUGUUUUAAGUAAGGAAGCAUUAACAAGAUAUUUUAUGAAAGGAAAUGAUUCUACAGUAUGCAAGCAACAUGGACCGACAGAAGAUGUCACUAUGGGUGAAUGUAUGGAAAAAGUUGGUGUUAAGAUUGGCAACUCUACUGAUGCACUAGGUCGAAGUAGAUUCCACUGUUUUAUCCCAGAAUAUCAUUUGAAAGGAAAUUAUCCAAAAUGGUAUUACAGUUUUUCUGUGAAUGACCCUCAAAAGGGUACAGAGAGUGUGAGUGACUAUGCAAUAACUUUUCACUAUAUCUCACCAGAGCAAAUGUAUGUCAUGGAUUAUUUUAUCUACCAUCUAAGACCUUAUGGUAUAUAUUUUGACGAGCAGCAACUGAAUGAAAAUAGAUAAUUUGAAAAUAACAAGAACAUAAAAUGUUUUAUGCUAUAGGUGCAAGCCAAAAUAUUUUAGGGGGUACAGAGACUAUUGUGUAUAACAAAUUCAGUUAAUAUGUGAAGUUAUUUAUUGUUCUUUAAAAUAGUGUCCCCAUGAUUAUAUUUCGAUCAUUAUUAUGUAAUAUUAAUACGUGAUGUAUCAAUCUAUGAAGAAAUGUCCGAGAGAAUGACCAGAUUCCAAAUGAAAUUUUUUCUAUGUGUCAAUAUAUUUCAUUGAUUUAGUGACGAUGGUGACUAUAGUUAGAGCGAUGUUAUGUAACUUUAUAUUUUGUUUUUAUAAAGUGGGAAAAUAUUUUAUAGAUAGUAUCAUGACAAUUUGUAUCUCUAAAGAAAGAUUAUAAACAAAUAAGAUUUUUUACAAGUAUACAGUUACAGUAUUUUAUAGUGUUGGUAAUAACAAAUAUAUAUAUGUAUUAUAAGUGAUACUUUUACAAUUUUUUAAGUAGGUUAUAAUAGAAGAUAUGUGUCUGAUACUAGUAUAUAUCAAAAACAUCUAAAACAGAAGGUGUGGUAUGAUUGCCAAUGAGACAACUCUCCACAAGAGACCAAAUGACACAGAAAUUAACAACAGUUUCUAAAAUAGAUUACUAUACGGCCUUGAUGUCUUUUAAAAAAUGAUAUAUAUUAAGUAUUUUCAGUUAAAAUAUAAAAAAACUGCGUGAUUCAUGCAGUUAAUCAUGCAAUUGUUCUGUAUAUAUGAGAAUUAUUAGAUGCACUAUUUCACAAGUAUACGGCCACGUUCUUGUAGGGAGAAGUACUCUUACAACUUCGUAAAAUAGGAUUCUUCAGGGAAGACAAAUGUAUUUAUCAUGUUUAUAGAAAAAAGUCAAAGUGGAAUAUUGUUAGGAACAGUAUUCCAUUUUGAAAUAAUUUCCUGAAGAACUUGAUAUUUGACAGAGAAAAACACUAUUGCAGAAUAGAAUAUUGUUCUGGGCUGUAUUCCAAAACCUUUUUACUCAACAUCAAUAAAGAAUGAAACAAGUUAUCAUGAUUUUUGUUUCAAAGUAUUGUACAGUCAAUUUAAUCUAGAUCUCCAUUGGUAACAACUUUGUUUCAGUUUGUUCACAGCAAGUUGUGAACCAUUAUGUAAUGGUGUUACAUGUAGUAUAGACAUCACCAGUAAAGGUACAUUGUAAGACUACUCAUUGCUGUUUCGUCUAAAGACACUGGAUCACACAUCUCGUAAAAAAACGAAAUGAUAUCAUUAAUAAAAUAUUCAAAAAAUAAGGGGUCAAACUAUAGAAUUGUGUGACUCAUAUAUUUAUUUUUUUAAAUGUUAGAGUUUUGAGAAUCAAAUAUUUUACUGGAGAUUCACUAAUAUAUAUCUACUGACGCAGUGCAGGCGGUGUUUUCUCGAAUCUAAUAGCAUGAGUUGAUCCCGGGGAGGGAAUAACAAACAAAUCUUCUGCAUUAUCAUUGUUGUGCUUAUAUUAAGAGUAUUUAUAUUUAUAUAUCUAACAUUUUGAAUCUGCAAAUUUUUGUUCUUCCACUAGCCGGGAUUCAAACUAUUAUGUCUGGAUAUCGCCGAGACAAUAUUGGCUGCACUGUGACCAUCGCUCUAGAUUACGUAUGUCUCCGAUUGUGUUUUUUUUCCGACACCACCCCUCAUUAAUUUGCAUGUACAAGACACAACCAGCAUGCCAAACUUUAAUAGUACUAUGUACUAGAUUGCUUUAUGGUUAUAAUAAAU